GCUCUGAAAUCUAGGGUGUCGCCGUGGUGGUUCCAUUCGAAGGCGACGGCGGUUGGUCGGUCGUCUCUGUGUUUGUCCUCUCCUAAACUCCACGAACGGACCCGGUAAAGACUGUCGGUUCGGCUCCAGCUGUCAAACGAGAUCUGUGCGGUUCGGCAUCGCUGGGAUGAAGCGGAAUAUCUUUCAUUUGAAUCAGAUCGCUGGUGUAGUUUGAAGAAAGAGAGUCGGGCGGAGGAGCCAUUUUGUCCCGACAGUGUGAGAGAAAGAAAGACAGAGACAUUAAAAAACACCAAACAGCACACUUUCAGAGGAAACACACGUCUUAAAUAUCUCCUUCGGAGUUUACAGAGUCUAAGGAAGAAAAUCAAACCAAUUCAGCUGCGAAGAGACUGUCCGGUGUGUGUUUUCGGAUAACACACACACACUUUCCCUUUAACACACACUCAGUCUCUAUCGGUUUCUCACCAGUGUGUGUUUAUAAGAGCUCAGAUGGCGAAGAAGACCUAUGAUCUGCUCUUUAAACUGCUCUUGAUUGGUGAUUCUGGGGUGGGAAAGACCUGCGUGCUGUUCCGAUUUUCAGAUGACGCCUUCAACACCACCUUCAUCUCCACUAUAGGAAUCGAUUUUAAGAUCAAAACAGUUGAAUUGCAAGGAAAGAAGAUAAAGCUACAGAUAUGGGAUACAGCAGGACAGGAACGGUUUCACACCAUCACUACCUCUUACUACAGAGGGGCCAUGGGAAUCAUGCUCGUAUAUGACAUCACCAACGCCAAGAGCUUCGAAAACAUCAGCAAAUGGCUCAGAAAUAUUGACGAGCACGCUAACGAGGAUGUGGAGAGGAUGCUGCUAGGCAACAAGUGUGACAUGGAGGAUAAACGUGUCGUACCUAAAACCAAGGGGGAACAGAUCGCAAGAGAACACGGGAUUCGCUUUUUCGAAACGAGUGCAAAAGCCAACAUCAACAUCGAGAAGGCGUUCCUCACGUUAGCAGAAGACAUUCUCAGAAAGACGCCCGUAAAAGAGCCCAACAGUGAAAACGUGGACAUCAGCACUGGAGGCGGAGUCACAGGAUGGAAGACCAAGUGCUGCAGUUGAACAGACAGACACACAGUUACUCACACUUUACACAAACACACACACACACACACACACACAAUCUGUUCUUCUAUAUCCUUCUCUCUUUCUCUCUCUCUCUGUCUCUCUCAUUCACUCAUCCCUCGUUUCUGUCUAACACUCUUCCGUUCUCCUCACGGGAUUCUCUGUAAAACACAUCUCUAACGUUUCACACACUCACGACUGCUUGCUGACAUUUUUAUUUCUGAAACAAAAAAACAACAAAAAAAAAAACAAA